AGGAGGAAGUCUUUCACUUUUCAUUUGCUGUAAAGCUAACGCUAGUUAGCAGGCGUCCACAACUUUAGUAACGGCUACAAAUUACAACGUGCGAACUGAUAUUACCUUCUUAACAGUGGACUUGUGUGAACACGGAGACUGUGUAGUCUGACGUGACGUUAUUGUCUUAACUGGACAGCUCGGUGGCAGUUUGUAGAGCUAGGUAACGGUAAAAUUCGGGAUAGCUAACGUAACUGCUAACAUAGCUAACGUCAUCCAAAUGUAAACGGUUUUGUUUUGAAGUGGUGUAAUGUGUAACAGAUGAAAAUGCAGUUAAAACGGGUCCAUAAUCAAGAUGUUUGGUGAUUAAAAUCGAGACAGCCUUCUUGCUUAAUAAGCCGACUUUGUCAGCUAGCAGCGACUUGAAGGAAACUAAGGCUGUGGAGAAGCCAUGGCAGAUGAAAAUACACAGUUCUGUGGCAACUGCAAGCAUGACAUCCCAGAGGCCAAUUUCACCACUCAUGAGAUCCACUGCCGAAGAAACAUUGCUCUGUGUGAGGUGUGCCAGGAGCCAGUGCCCCGCUCAGAUCUGCAGGAGCACAAGGACCAGGAGCAUAUGCAAAUUACAUGCAAGUGUGGCUUGAAGAUUGAGAAGAGUCAUAUUGAUGUUCACCAGAGCACUGAAUGCACCCAGCGGCUGGUGCCGUGCCAGUACUGUGACCUCGAGCUUGUUUUCAGUCAGGCCGAAGAGCAUGAAGAUUACUGUGGUGCACGCACUGAGCCCUGUCCACUCUGCAAGUGCAAUGUGAUGUUGAGGGAGAUAGCUGUUCAUCCAGCCUUGUGUGGAAGUCUCACACCACCUCAAGAGAGAAACAACAGCCGGAUGAGUCACAUUCCCGCAGAGCCAAGGGCGUGGUUUGAAACCCACUCCAUCAGAAACCCUCUGAGAGCCCAACAGGAAGUUCCCAAGAACAACAACAUUAGUGCAGCGGAGCGUAGAGCCUUUCUUGAUACCAGAGUGUUUAACAGUACCUGGGGACCUCACGGCCUAGGAGAUGGGAAGACAGCUGCCCCCAGGAAUACAGAAUUUACCAACUUGCUGGACCAGGAACAAACCCUGAACAACAACAACAACAGUGCGUGGCCACAUGUGGACCUGUCGCCUGAUGAUGACUCAUCUAACCUGGACUACCUGUUGGCGCUAAGCCUGCAGAAUGAUGGGGACCAAGGCAUAGAAGCAUCCCUGUGGACUGAUGUGUGGGACCAAAAACUUGGAAGGACCUCCAAUAGCUCCCUUGUCUCUUCGCGCUCUCCCCCCAACAACAACUACCAUCUUCUUGCUAUGGGCACAAGUUCAAGUGCAGUGCCGGACCACGAUCAAACCGAUACCAUGCUGCCUUGUGAGUUUUGUGAGGAGCUUUUCCCUGAAGAAGACCUCAUUUUGCAUCAGACUGGUUGCAGUCCAGCCUCAGCCUUUGCCUCUUUCAGCAAGCAGCCCUCAUCUCCACCUAAAGAGGACAGGGUGAGCAGGAGUGUGAGGAGACUGGUGCACAACUUGCCUGACACCCUUACUUCCAAUCUCCCUACCUUCCCUCGGUCCAUCUCCCCAGUUUCCUACAGUCCUCCAGCCAGUCCACUAGAGGGCGAUCUGGUCAUUCCAUGUGAGUUCUGUGGCAUCGCUCUGGAGGAGUCUGUUGUCUUCCACCAUCAGGAUAAAUGCGACCUUCGACCCCGCACUGCCCAUCCUAUGAAUAAUAUCACAAAAGCAUCUCUUAAAAAACCCUUGAUCCCCUCAAAAGAGACCCUUGGGACGACUUCGCCUGAUUUACAGAGGAGAAUAAAGCACCAGGCAGACCCCUUGGAUGAGCGCAUUGGGCUCGACAGGGAGAGACCAGCGGUGCAAAAUAUAAGGGAAUGGCAGAGAGUCUACAGUGGACUGCCAACCCAAAGGAAGAUGCCAAACUGUGAUGCUCAUGUGAAAAACAGACCUCAGCACGGCAGGGAAGCAGAGGCAGCUCAGUCGUCUCUCAGUGACACUGAAAAUUUUGGAUCUGCACCUCUAAAGGGACUUCAUCAACCAGAAAAUAAAGAGGGGCGAAAGAACACUAGGAAUCCAGGGACAAAGUUGCCGAAGAAGCAGAACGAGGAGCAGCAAGACGAGUGAGAGCAGGGCUGUGUGGAGAAAAAGAUGCCCAUCAUAUCUCACCCUCAUCUCCUUCACUCUUAUCACUUUUGUACUCUAUUGCAACCAAAACAUGUCCACAUCAGAUAAGUGCCUGUGUAAGUAGUAGACGUGCAGUUUACUAUAUGAAGAGAUUUAGCCAUUAAACUUCAGAUGAAUUAAUUUAGUGAUCAGAAUAUUUUGCUUUAUGUUCAGUUUUUGUUUAAAAUAUUACUGUGUAUGACAUCCAGCCUUAUCUGACGCUUUUUUGAAAUGUACUGCAUUUUGCCUCAGUUUGACUUUUAGUUAUCCAAGUUAUUGUCAUGUAAUGAUAACAUCAUUACAAACAUAGCCACAAACAUAUUUGUUACCUCUGCCUACGUUUUGCUUUCUUUGUCACUUAAGGGGUUUUUCUCAGUGCCCCCUGUAGUUUCUGCUUCUUUAUGUAAUCUAAAGCACUUGGACAGAUUAUUUUGCUAAAAAGGGCUUAAGGAACAGAAUUGAUAACUUAAUGCAUCUGACCAAGAAAAAAAUCAUUCAACAUUUGUCGUUCUCUGAUUUGGUUUGAUCUUUUUUUUUGUUUUAAUUAAAUCAUAUUGAUGCUUUGUAUGAUGCAAUGGAUGUCUUGAUAGCUUUUAAGCAAUGUCCCAUUUCAUGUUUGUUUCAAGUUGUAUGUAGUCAGAUUUAUCUGAUGUGUACUCCUAUCCCAGAUAGAAACCCUAAGUUAAUUGACAAGAUAUGUAGUAUGUCUUUUAUGUAUCAUAGGAUUGUUUUUUUUUUGUUUGUUUUUUUUUUAAAUACUGAACUGAACAGGGAUAAGCACCCAUGUGCCAUGGAGUGCCAAGACCUGACUGGACGUUUUUCACUUCAAGCAGAGUGCACCAGGGGAUUUCACUUGUCAGCACCCCUGCUGUUCAAACACAGAGGAGGAAGGACGGGUCAGUGAAAUUACCCAGUGUGAUUUUUUGCUUGCAGUAGAUUGGACCUACAUACUCUUGGCACUCCAUGGCACACGGUUGCCUAACACUGGUGUAGGAUUUUAACACUGCUGAGAUUCUUUGCUUUAUGUGUAUAAUAAAUAUUUUUAAUGACAAAGGAAAACUA